GGAAGAGAUGAGGUAGCCGCCACGAGCGUGCUAAAAUCCUACUUCAGAUGGAUACAAAAUAUAAAGAGGAUGUAUUUAGGAAGUAUGUACAAUUUCAUGAAUCCAAAUUGGAUACCUCUGAGAAGAAGCAGCGCCCAGUUAGUGAUGAGUACCUACAAGUGGCGGCUUCAGCCUUACUCUGCCUUCCCAAGAUCGAUCCCUUUUAUAGAUUCCGGUUGAUAAAAUUUUAUGAGAUAGCUGAACAUUCUCUCCAGUCCUUGAAAUCUUCAAGUUUACGUUCACUCCGGAAUGCUUUUGGUGUGCUGGAAUCAGUUGGAGUUAAUCUUUUUCUUUACCCUUGGAAGAAGGAAUUCAAAAAUAUAAAGACCUACACAGGGCCUUUUGUUUAUUACGUGAAGUCUACUAUACUUGAUGAGGACAUAAGGCAGAUCCUGAAUUCGAUGGGAUAUGUCCAAGAACUUGGAACAGUGUAUAAGCUCAAAGACCUAGUAGACACCCUGCAGGUGAAGCUGGUAUCAUUUGAACUGUACUUGGCCAAAAUAGAGUGUGAACAGUUGAUUGAAAUUCAUUUGCAAGUGAAGGAUAAAGGAUAUUCAGAGCUCGACAUUAUAAACGAGAGAAAAAAUAGCAGUGAUGAUGUUCGAGGCUGCUCAGACGCCUUGAAGCGCCGUGCGGAAUGCAAAGAGAACCUGAACACUUCUAUGUCACGGAUGGUACUUCAGAAAUCUGCUAGUGAGAGAGGCUCAAAAGAUUACUUCAAACCCAAAGUUACCAAACCUUCUAAAUCGGUGGAUGCAUACGACAGUUACUUGGAAAAUAAAAAGCCUCCCUUGAUGACUUCUUUAAGUCUGAGGAAAGAACCCAUUUUGGUCGAUACUGAAGAUGAUAUCAAGGAUGAAAUAAUCCGGCCGUCGCCCUCUCUCCUGGCUAUGUCGAGUUCCCCGCAUGGAUGUUCUGAUGAGUAUUUGCCAGUCUCAUCCCACGCCAAUGGCGUAUUAAGAACGGGUGUUCCUUACAGUACCUAUUACUCCCCUCAAGACGAUUUAGAUUUAUAUACCGACCCUGACUCUAGGAGCAUGUUAAACUUCAAGAGACAGGAGUCUGCUAAACAUGACGUCUGGCUGCUGAGAAACGAUUCCAACCCUAGCUACCAUAAACGUACUCAUCUAGCCAAAGAGACCACUCCCCUUAAGUGCCAAAGCUGUGGAUUAUCUUGCGGCACCUCCGUUUGCCAAAAGUGUGACAGUUUGCUCAUCUGUCGGCAGGAGUAUCCAGCGAUAAAGCCGAGCAGCUACUCGCUCAAAACUCUUUCUGGUGAAGGCAUGCCAUCUGGGUCUGUGACCCGGGAGAAGCCUCAGUACAUGUUACAGACUCAAGAGCGAGCUCCUCAGUUCACUUCCAAAUCCAAGCCUCCAGGCUCUUCCCGCUGCGGCUUCUGCAACCGGUCAGGGGCGGCAAACACAUGCACUUUCUGUUCAAAAGUCUCUUGCGACACUUGCCUCAGCGCUUACUAUUAUGACCCCUGCGGUCGAAAGAGUGAGUUUCACCGGUUCUUGCCAAACAAUCAGUUAAACUAUAAAUCAAACCAGCUGUCACACCUGGUUUAUAGAUAG